AUGGCCAAACGCCUCGGCCCGGAUUCCAGACGGGCGGCUACCUUGCGCGCUCCAUUGUUGGCUUCUUCCGGUUCUUCCGGCCCUUCGCCAACGCGGCUGAUGCUCGCCGUCAACCCCUUCCACGUGUCCGACUCCACGCUGAGCCUCAGCUUCUCCGCAAAGCCUGA